AUGUAUCGAGUCGUGAGGAGGCUGUUUUUCACGGACUGCCAGUGCGCCGAAGAUGCGUCGGAAACGUACGAGGAGCUGUUCGCCAAGCUGGACACCAACAAGGAUGGGAAAGUGGACGUGUCGGAGCUGAAGGCCGGCCUGGCUGCCAUGGGCUUCGAAACCGGGAGAGGAGCAGCUCAGAAAAUAGUUUCUUCUGGAGAUCGAGACAAGGAUGAAGGGCUCGACUUCAGUGAGUUUUCCAAGUACCUGAAGGAUCACGAGAAGAAAUUACGGCUGACUUUCAAGAGCUUGGACAAAAACAAUGAUGGUCGAAUAGACUUCAUGGAGAUAAAGCAGUCACUUGCUGAUCUGGGAAUGGAAAUCAGCAAGGAGGAUGCAGAGAAGAUCCUUCAAAGUAUCGAUGGGGACGGCACCAUGACUGUGGACUGGAAUGAAUGGAGGGAACACUUCCUGUUUAACCCAGCAACCAACCUCCAGGAGAUUGUCCGCUACUGGAAGCACACCACGGUGCUGGACAUUGGUGACAGCCUCACCAUCCCAGAUGAGUUCACGGAGGAGGAGAAGACGACCGGUCUGUGGUGGAGGCAGCUGAUGGCAGGAGCCAUGGCGGGUGCUGUGUCCCGUACAGGAACCGCCCCGCUGGACAGAAUGAAGGUCUUCAUGCAGGUGCAUUCUUCUAAGAGCAACAAAAUCAGCCUGGUCAGUGGCUUCAAGCAAAUGUUAAAAGAAGGAGGCGUGAUGUCUCUGUGGAGAGGAAACGGUAUUAACGUCCUGAAGAUCGCCCCCGAGACGGCCAUUAAAUUCAUGGCCUAUGAGCAGUAUAAGAAGCUGCUGUCCCGCGAGCCAGGGAAGGUCCGGACCCACGAGAGGUUCAUGGCCGGAUCACUGGCCGGAGCCACGGCGCAAACUGCCAUCUACCCCAUGGAGGUGAUGAAAACCCGUCUGACCCUGAGGAAGACCGGACAGUACUCAGGAAUGUUUGACUGUGCCAAGAAAAUCCUGAAAAAGGAGGGUGUGAAGGCAUUUUACAAGGGCUACAUUCCCAAUAUUCUGGGCAUCAUUCCCUACGCCGGGAUAGAUCUGGCAGUGUACGAGAGCCUGAAGAACGUCUGGUUGUCCCGCUACGCCAAAGACACGGCCAACCCAGGGGUGCUGGUGCUGCUCGGCUGCGGUACCAUAUCCAGCACGUGUGGCCAGCUUGCCAGCUACCCUCUGGCUCUGAUCCGCACCAGGAUGCAGGCACAAGCUUCCGUGGAGGGCUCAGAGCAGCUGCCGAUGAACCGGAUGGUGAAGAAGAUACUGGAAAGGGAAGGCUUCUUUGGGCUUUACCGGGGCAUCCUUCCCAAUUUCAUGAAGGUCAUACCGGCUGUCAGCAUCAGCUACGUGGUGUAUGAGUACAUGCGCUCUGGCCUGGGGAUUCAAAAGUAGGCGGCGGAGUCACCUGGGACUACCGGAGUGUAAGAGGAUGUGCAGCAAUUUUGUAUUUCCAAACACUUCCCUUCUGACAUCCAAGGGACACUUUCACGUUAAGAACUUGUUUACCUGUAGGUCACCAACGUCGGGACUCAGACUGAUACAGAUACUAGAGCCAAUGUUGGAGUUUUAAAAUCGUUGCAGGACUUAGCCUAAGCUUUUGAGCCACUACAGAAAAGGAAUUGUUUAGAAAAAUCCUGCAGCACUCGCAUAGGGCUAAUAAAAAGAAAAAAAAAAAAAGACUAAGACUACUACAAUGUUUCCAUCUGUAUGGAGUUUUUGUCCAGGCUGCGUUUACGAUGCGUCCACAGAAUUAAGUGCGCUGUCGGUCUCAGGGCAC